GAAGACACUUAUUGUUCUCCUUCCAAUUCACUCGCGUGUCGAGUCGUCUAUUGAGCCGUGUACUAUACGCCAGAAGUUCGAAAAUGAAUAACAAUAGCAAUAACGUUAUGUUAGAGGGAGGGCAAGACACUGAUGGUCGCAAAUUCAGCAGUCUACAAGAUAUGUGGAGCGAGAAGCUUUCUGCUGGCUCUGAUGAGUGGUACGGUAAGGCAGUGUCCUAUUGGGAGAAUCAGCCUUCUUCCGAUGACGGGGUCCUCCAAGGCUUUGAAGGGCUGUCGCCAACAGACGUGAUGGGCUCUCUCAAGUUCCUCGAUACGAUAGAGAGAAAAGUCCCCAACCCCCCGAUGUUCCGCACUGUGGUGGACUGCGGUGCUGGAAUCGGGCGAGUCAGUCGGGAAGUCUUGACACAGCGAUUCCAAACGAUAGAUCUCGUCGAACCUUGUGCUAACCUCCUUGAUACGGCCAGGAAGACUCUCAGUCCUGCCGCCACUGCACCUUGCCAUGUGGAGAGGUUCUUGCAAAUGGGUGUUCAAGACUUCAACCCAGAGCUUGGUCGUUAUGAUAUGAUAUGGAACCAAUGGUGUCUCCUGUAUCUCACCGAUGAGGACCUCGUAGCGUAUCUCAAGCGUUGCAAGGCUGCCUUAGCUCCCAAGGGCGGCGUAGUAGUCGUGAAGGAGAAUGUGGUUAUUGAGGGUAAGUUCGUGGUCGAUAAAGACGACAACUCCAUCACUCGCACGGACUCCCAGUACAAGACGUUGUUCGCACGAGCAGGGCUGAGCUUAGUGCUGGAAAUGAUACAACCUCACUGGCCAGACGAUCUCUUCCCGGUGAAAAUGUACUGCUUGCGAUGAAGAGCUAUUCAAGCAACGUUCACAUCCUGUUUCUCU